AUGCCUAUUUCUAGCCCGUUGAACUUGCCGAAGUGGCUCAAGGAGAACUCGCAUCUCCUCCAACCCCCAAUCAACAACUACUGCGUCUACAAUGAAGACUUCACCGUCAUGAUCGUAGGCGGCGCCUCCGGUAACGCCCGCACAGACUACCACAUCAACACCACCCCCGAAUGGUUCUACCAAUACAAAGGCCCCAUGGUCCUAAAAAUCGUAGACGACGGCGUCUUCCGUGACAUCAUCAUCCGCGAAGGUGACAUGUUCCUCCUCCCGCCGAAUACCCCCCACAACCCCGUCCGCUUCGCCGAUACCGUCGGCAUAGUUCUCGAACAGAAGCGUCCCGAGGGAAACCUCGAUCGACUCAGAUGGUACUGUCAGGAUUGCAAAGAAGUGGUGUAUGAAGAUUCAUUCUAUUGUACUGAUUUGGGUACUCAGAUCAAAGAGGCGGUUAAUAAGUUUAGGAGUGAUGAUAGUCUAAGGACCUGUAAGAAUUGUGGGGCUUUGGCGGAGGUUGAGAGGACAAAGGAUAGUCUGCCGGAUCUUGAUUAA